AUGUGUUUAUCGAACACUUUAAGUGUUUUAUCAAACCUUACAAGAAAUCUUGAACAAUUCCUUGAAGUGCAUGAAAAGAAUGCUGAAUCACUGAAAAGAGCUACUAAAGAUCUUUAUGAUUUCACUUACAAGAAGCUCCCUGUUAAAAACAGCCUUUCAGAACUAGUAAUUGACCAUUUUGAUAAUGAGCAGAUUUGGCAAGAACUUGAACUUUACAAUACAGGUGUGAUUGGUGAACUUAUAAAAGAUUUAUCUCACUUGUUGGCCAGGAAAGAAAAAAUCUCUUUCAAGACAACUGCCAGUGUUGCAAGCAGCCAAAAAAAGAACUUGGAAGAAGACGAGGGAGAAGAAGAUGAGAGGGGAAAAGACGAGGGAGAAGAAAAUGAAGAAGAAAGUGAUGAAGAGCUUAAGAAGAUUAAGUCUAGGCUAAAAAUGUUUGACAAGAUUGCUAACAGAAAUAACAUCACUUCUGAUCUAGACAGUGACUUUGAUGCUGAUUCUGAUGAUUUGGCUAAAGAAUUCCAUGAAGAAAAUGAUAUGCUUCAUGGAGGAGAAACAGAAGAAGAGGAAGAGGACAAUGAAUUGGAAGAAAAAGUACGGUCAAAAGAUAAGAAAUCUGCUAAGAAAAAAGCUAGCAAACCAACAAUUGUUGAUGAUAAAUUCUUUAAACUUUCUGAAAUGGACAUGUUUCUAAAGCAGCAAGAUGCUUUGGAACUGAAAAAAUCCAAACAUCAGGCAGAAACUGAUGAAGAAGAUGAAGACAUUGAUAUGUUCGAAGACAUGGAAUCAGAUAAAGAGGAAAAUGUUGAUAAACUAAAAUUUGAUGAUUUCUUCCGUGGGCCUGAUGAUGAGCUUCCAUCAAAACGGGUUAGAUUCAAUGAUAAUAUUGAAAAAGAAGAAGACAAUCAAAGCAAUUCUGGAGAUUAUGUCACUCUUCCUGUCAGUAAGAAAAAGUCUAAACUUUUUGACAAUGAUAGUGAAGAAGAAAGUGAUGGAGAAGCUAUUUCUGAUAUCAUUGAAGAACCUGGUGAUAAAUCAACUUUUGAACUUCGUCAAGAAAGACUCCAGAAAAAGAUUUCGCAACUAGAAAAAGCCAAUGUUGCAGAUAAAUCAUGGCAAUUAAGUGGAGAAAUUGGUGCCAGUGCUCGUCCAGAAAACAGUUUAUUGGAAGAACAUGUGCAAUUUGAUAGCACUUUAAAAUUAGCUCCUGAAAUCACUGAAGACACCACAAAGACAUUGGAAGAUUUAAUUAUUCAAAGGAUAAAAGAUCAGGCUUGGGACGAUGUUGAAAGGAAAGUGAAAACUGCAGAUGCUGCAUAUGAAUAUAAAAAACCAACUAUGCUCGAUCAGGAGAAGAGCAAACUGAGCCUGGGUGAAAUUUAUGAAAAAGAAUAUCAAAAACAAGAAGAGACUCAAGAAGAUACUCAAAACAAAGAUAAUCCUGAACAUGAGGAAAUCAAGAAAAUGAUGAAUUCAUUGUUUAUGAAAUUAGAUGCUUUAUCCAAUUUUCAUUUUACACCAAAAAUUUCAAUUCCUGAUGUGAAAAUUGUAGCCAAUUUGCCUUCAAUCACAGUAGAAGAAGUUGCUCCUGUGGGUGUCAGUGAAAACCAGUUGGCAGCUCCAAAAGAAUUACUUGAACCAUUAAAAAACACUCUGAAAGGCAAAACUGAACGCAAUUCAGUGAAGACAUCUAAGAACAAAGCAUUAAGAAAACUUGAGAAACAAAGUCGAAGUAGCAAAAAAGUAACAGUCAUCAAGGCAAAUGUCAAGAAAGGCAAAACAUCAUCUGCUGAUUUCUUCAAUCAACUGCAGAAUGAAGUGACACAUGAAAUCAAGAAGAAAAAACAAGAUAAAAAGAAGACAAAUGCAAGUGGAAUAUCUUCUGUACAGUUAAAACUUUAG